UCCACAGAUAGCGGCUAUUCCAAGGCAUCAAAACAGGACACUGUGGGGGAAUAUAUUGAUUUACAGAAAAAGAACUAAAAGAAAAACACAGAAUUAAAAAACAAAGAUUCACACUUAUAUUUUGUAGCGGUUUACGAAUACUGCAUACGACUGCUUAGGACAGAAGUCAAGCAGACAUGGAUAUCUAUGACCCCCAGACUCUUGGCUUUAUGGUGUUCGGCGGUUUCAUGGUGAUUUCGGCCAUCGGGAUCGCCCUGGUCUCCACCUUCUCCAUGAAGGAGACUUCCUAUGAAGAGGCUCUGGCCAAGCAGCGCAAGGAGCAGGGCAAGACCCAGCCCGCACGCUCUGAGAGAAAGAAGAAGGAGAAGCAAUCUGAGAAGAGAGGCAGGGCCAAGAAGAAGGAGGACAAACCAAACGGGAAGUUGCCACCGCCUGAGCCUACCCUGGAGGCUAGUGAGACGGUGAGUGACUCUGAGCCGGAGCCUGCCCCUGUACCCCCUCCCGAGCCCACUGCCCCAGAGCCCCCUGUCGUUGCCGCUCCUCCCUCUGAGGCCUUGGAAGCCCCGCCUGCCCCCUCCCCCAAGGACAAGAAGAAGAAGGAGAAGAAGGUGGCCAAAGUGGAGCCCGCCCCUACCCAGGCUGUCCCUGCCAAGUCUGCUCCUGUGCUGGAGGCGGUGACCAAGGAGGUGCCUGUCAUGGCCGUGCCACCAGUGGAGGCACCGCAGGCUGUGGCCUUAGCUGUCCCCGUCAUCACUCCUGUGCCCCCGAAGGUGGAGGAGCCUAAGGCCGAUGUCCCAUCCAAGAAGAAGGUGGCCUCAAAGAAAAAGUCGGCUGCAGCGGAUUCUGUGGACGCGCCUCUGUACCUGCCCUACAGGAUGCUGGUGUCCACUCUCAGCAGCAUGGUGUUCAGCGAGGGUGAGGCGCAGCACCUCAUCGAGAUCCUCACCGACAAGGCGGGCAUCACACAGGACACCUGGCACACGGCCACCCAAAAGGGCGAUCCGGUAGCGGCACUGAAGAAGCAGCUGGAGGAGAAGGAGAAGCAGCUGUGUGCUGAGCAGGAAGAUGCCGCCGCCGCCAAGAACCGGUUGAGGGAGCUUUCCAAGGAGCUGAACGCGGAGAAGUCCAAGCUGGCUUCUGUGGAGACGCGCCUGAGCUCGCAGCUGAGCGCCCGGGAGCAGGAGAUGAUUGCCCUCCAGGCUCGAAUGCAGGCCAACUACCAGGACCAUGUGACCGAGAUCCAGCAGCUCAACGGCAAGAUCCAGAGUCUGCAGGACCAGCUGGAGAAGGGUCCCAAUGCUCAGCUGGCUCGUCUGCAGCAGGAGAACAGCAUUCUGAGGGAUGCCCUGAACCAGGCCACCAGCCAGACCGAGAGCAAGCAAAACGCAGAGCUGGCCAAGCUGCGGCAGGAGUGUGCCAAGAUGAGCAAGGACCUGGCCGAGAGGAGCGAGGCUCUGCACACAGAGGAGCAGCAGAGGAAGGCCCUGGAGGCCAAGGCGUUGGCUUCCGAGAAGCAGCUUGCCCAGACCCAGGCCAGUCAGGCGGACAGCGAACUGGCCCUGCAGAGGAGGCUGGAGGAGAUGAGCGAGGCACUGCGGACGGCCCAGAGCGGCAGCAGCAGCCUGCAGGCCGAGCUGGAGAAGGCCCGGCAGGAGACGGCUGCCCUCGCCGAGCUGCGGUCGUGCGUGGACAAAGCCGAGGUGGAGCUGAAGGAACGCUGCGCCCUGGUGGAGGACCUGCAGGCCCAGCUGAAGCAGGCGGAGGCCGACAAGGCGCAGCUGCUGGAGCGGGUGGCCUCCAUCGAUACCCUGCUGGAGGCCGGGCAGAGCAAGGCCGCGCAGGCAGAAGAGCAAGAAGCUCAGGUCAAAGAAGAUGCAGAAAUGGAGCUGGUACAGAACAGUCUUAAGGAAAAAGAGAGUCAAGUGAAAUCGCUGGAAGAAGAACUUAAGCAACUGAAAGAAGAGCUGGAACAAGUAAAGAACACAAGAGCACAGUCUGACAGCACGACAGAGGUGGAUCCACAGCAGAACGGGCUUUUGGAAAAAGACAGCCAUGUUUCAUCACUGGAGGAAGAGCUUAAACAACUGAAGGAAGAGAUGGAACAAGUAAAAAGCAUAAAUCAGCCUGACAUCACAGCAGAAACUGAGCAGCUACAAAACAGUCUUUUGGAAAAAGAGAACCAGGUAACAUCACUGGAACAAGAGCUUAAACAGCUGAAAGAAGAGAUGGAGCAAGUUAAAAACACAAACUCUCAGCCCAAUAUCACUACAGAGACUGAGUUACUGCAAGAAAGUCUAAAGGAAAAAGAGAGUCAGGUUUUGACACUGGAAGAAGAACUUAAACAGCUAAAAGAAGAGAUGGAGCAAGUAAAGAACACACUAACUGCUGACAUCACAGCGGAGACUGAACAGCUACAAAGCAGGUUUUUGGAAAAAGAGAACCAAGUGGCAUCACUGGAAGAAGAGCUUAAACGGCUAAAAGAAGAGAUGGGACAAUUAAAGAGCACAAGCACUCAGCCAGACAUCACAGUAGAGACUGACCUCCUUCAAAGCAGCCUCAGGGAAAGAGAAAGCCAGGUGACAUUGCUUGAAGAUGAACUUAAGCGGCUGAAAGAGAAGAUGGAGCAGGAUGCAGUGGAGCAGCAGCUGAUCACAUUCCAGACCGAGACCAGGACAGCCCUUCAGACACUCUUCCCACACAUCUCCAUAGAAACAGAGCAGAAUAACUGGCUGCAAGAAUUCACACUGAAAGCACAGGAAACGCUCAGUCAACAAAGCCGGCAGAAAACCCAGGAAUCCACAGAAUUGAUGGACCUGCAAGAGAAACUUCGGGAGGCAGAGGAAUCUCAAAGCACGUUACAGGCAGAGUGUGACCAGUACAGGACCGUUCUGGCCGAAACUGAAGGCAUGCUGAAGGACCUGCAGAAGAGUGUGGAGGAAGAGGAGCUGGUGUGGAAGACCAAGAUCGCGGAGUCCGAGGGGCAGCUCAGAGCGGCUCUGGAGCAGGUGAAGGCCUUGGAGGUGGCUGCAGAGUCGAUGAAGCUGGAGAGUCAAAGUAUGGAAGGGCUUAAGGAGCAGGUGAUGCUCCUGGAAGCACAGCUGGAGAAACAGCUGGAAUCUGCAGUCAUUAGCCAGAAUUACUCGGAGGAGGUGAAACAGCUGAAGGAACUGUUAGCAGACUCUCAGAGCCAGCUGGAAAUGGCCCAGUCAGAAGUACAAAAACAGAGUGAGGAGCUGGCUUUGGUCAGGCAGCACCUGAGUGAGAUGAAGGAGUGCGUGCAGAGUGAAGAGGCCUUUGGGCCGCAGAACGGCCAGCCUGAGUUGGAACCCAGUCAGGUACAGUCACAGCUGGAGCUGACAGCAGGGAAGCUGGAGAGCGAGCAGGCACUGAGGCAGCAGCUAUCUGACGAAUAUGAGCAGGCCCAGAAGUCUGUUAAUGACCUCCAGGUACAGCUAGAUCUACUGAAGGCUGCAGGAGAGGUCCCUGCAGCUGAUCCAGAAUUAAAGGAGAGGCUCGAGAAGGAGAAGAAACUGACCAGAGACCUAGGCCAGGCAGCCACCAAGUUGCAGCAGCUCCUUAAGGCCACCCAGGAGCAACUUGCCAAAGAGAAGAACACUGUUAGGAUUCUGCAGGAGCAGCUUCAGGGGCAGAACGAUGGUGUAGACCUGAAGGAAGGAACAUCUGUUUGAGACUGAAGAAGCAUCACACAACUUGCCAAAAUGCCUUACAAUUACUAUAGUUAUGCAUUCCAUUCUGUACGCUCUCUAUUGUACUGUAGUUAAUGAUGAAACAUGUUUAAAAAUAGAAAGAAUACUUAUGAACACUUCAUGGGAAUGGGGUACAAAAUGCAGCUACAUGUUUUUUUAUCAUGUUGGAACAAACAUUCCAUCAAGGAGCUUCUGGCUGUGUCAGAAACGACAUAUUUUGCCUUUCGUUCACAGAGCACCCCACAGUUCAGUGUUAAAGAAAAGGGAAACCACAUGUACGUUAAACGUGCAUCGACUAGUGCAAUUGUUUUUGUUUUUUAAUGUCUUUUGUCAGAUGAUGAAGGUGAGAACAUUUCAUGGUACACAGAUGGGAUACAUGUCAUGCCUUCUACACUCUGUAGCUGGCUGCCAAAUAAAGUGUGACUU